CAGCCUCCCUCAAGCGCGCGGGCGGCUCCGCCCUCAGGUGAUUGGCGCCAGAAGAAGCCUCCCGCGCAGGAACGAGAGCGGGAGGCCGACCUGGCAACCCCAAGGCGCCUUUUUCCUCCCUUCAGGCGCGCGCGGCGUGGGCGGGCAGCAGCCGCAGGGGGAGAACACAAAUAAAAGGCCCAAUGGCAAAACAAUCUUCUGAUUUAACUUCUGAGUGCGGUAGAGAGGGUGGACAAUUGCAGCCUGCUGAAAGGCCAGCUCAGCAUCUUCGGCCUGGGGCCCCUACCUCCUUACAAACUGUGUACCAAGGUAAUCAUUCGGGCGAGCGGGACACUUCAUCACCCAGUAGUCCUCCAGGACCACUGGCACCACCCUCCAGCCCUAGUCCGUUUGCUACCAGAUCCCCGUUGUUCAUUUUUGUAAGAAGAUCCCCACUGCUGUCCAGAUCCUCCAGUGGGUAUUUCUCUUUUGACACCGACAGGAGUCCUGCACCUAUGAGUUGCGACAAGGCCACACAGACUCCGAGUCCCCCGUGUCAAGCCUUCAGUCAUUAUCUAAGCGCAAUGGGUAAGCUAGACCAUGCUUCCAGGUGGCAGUCACGGUCAAUCCCUGAAGAUAUACGGCCAGAAAUAUGGAUUGCACGGGAAUUACAGCGCAUUGGAGAUGAAUUUAAUGCUUCCUACAGUCCAAGAAGGGGUUUCUUGGAUUACCAAGCAGUAAACCACCAGAUCAUAAUUUUGCGCCUGUUGCAUUACAUCGUCCGCCUCAUAUGGAGAAUGCAGUGACUAAUGCGCCAAGAGGCAUCUUGGGAUUGUUUACUCGUUUCCAGCGACAGCAACCUUGAACACAGUGUCUUUGGUCUCUGGGUGCAGGUAACAGGCCUUUCUUGACCUCAGAUAUAUCCAGCAAAUGAAAAGGAGCAGAAGGACUCUGUAUCGGGCGGUAUGGACCUCUUCGUGUGUUUUUUGAGGAAAGCAAGUUUUUAAAAUGGAUAUUUGGAUAUGGACCACCUUUUUAAGAAACAGGAUUUCAUCUGAAAGUAGAGCUAACUUUGUUUUGUUGAAAGUUCUUUUAAAAAGAAAAGAAAGAACCUUGCUAUAUUGCAGCUUUCAAGAAAAUCAUUGAAUCCUGUUCUCAUUUGGAAACUUGUGGGUUGCUAUUAUAUCUUGCAACAGAAUUGUCUGAGCCAGCUACUUUGUAAAGCUGUCUUAGUUUUUAUAUUACAUACUUCCUGUUCAAAAUCUUUCCAAGCAGCAAGAAGACAGACUGGUAAUUUCUGUGCUACCUAAAAGCCACCUAUCCUUGUACAUUAUUCACAGAAG